AUGUCUUCGCCAGCCAGCCGUCCCCUUUACUCCGUCUUCUCCCACUCGGUCGGCGCCAACACGGCUGGCCACUCCCUUCUUGACAAGCUCCGUGCCAUCGCUUCGGCCGGCUUCGACGGCGUGGAGCUGUUUCAGGACGACCUCGACGCCUUUGCCAGGUCCGAGGAGUUCCAGCGCAUCCUCGAGGGAAAGGGCGGCGCCCCUUGCCCCUCCAUGACCCCUCCCGACAGCCCCCCUGGCGCGCCCAAGAAGGUCGUCCACCCCAUGGACCUUGCCACUUAUACUCGCUCGCUCUCCUCGGCCUCGUCCUCCUCCUCUUCGACGGCCUUCUCGGCCUCGUCCGAAGACGGCCGCGAUGACCACCUGCGUGCCCUCAAGGACGACGGCAGCCUCCUCGUCGGCUCUGAUGGUCUGCCCAUGACUUUCAACGCCCACGGCACCUGCAGCGCCACCGACGCUGCCUUGGAGCUGGCCGCGGCUCGCCAUGUCCGCCGCCUCUGCGAGUCGCUCGGCCUGGCCAUCUACAGCCUCCAGCCGCUGAGGGACUUUGAAGGCUGGACGUGCCCCGAAGACCGCCGCCUCGCCUUCCAGAGGGCCCGCUCGCGCUUCGAGGUCAUGAAUGCGCUGGGCACCGACCUGCUGCUCAUCUGCUCCAACAACCAGCCGGCUCCCAAGACGACGGGCGAUAUCGGCUGCAUCGGUCGCGACCUCGCCGAGCUGGCCGACCUCGCCACGGCCUUUGGAACCGUCGUCACCAUCCACGGCGGACCCCAGCCGAUCCGCGUCGGGUACGAGGCGCUCUCGUGGGGCGCCCACGUCGACCUUUGGUCGCAGGCCUGGGAGGCGGUGCAGGCCGCGGACCGCGCCAACCUCGGCCUCAUCCUCGACUCGUUCAACACGUUGGGAAGGCAGUAUGCCGAUCCCUGCUCCCCCACCGGCAUCGUCGAGACGGCGGACCCCUACGGCGACCUGAUGGCCUCGCUCAAGGACAUCGGCCACGUUCCCGCCGAGAGGAUCUUCUUCCUCCAGAUCGGUGACGCCAGAAGGAUGCAAAAGCCGCUGCCACCUUCGCCCAACGACGACGAGCCGAGGCCGGCGAGGAUGAUCUGGUCGCGCGGCAACCGCCUCUUCCCCGGCGAGGAGCACCUCGGCGCAUUUCUUCCCGUGGACGAGUUUAUGACGGCCGCCGUCAAGUGGGCCGGGUAUCGAGGCCCUUGGAGCAUCGAGGUGUUCAACAGCAGCCUCUUGGACACCGGCGCCGAGGUGCCCGUGCAGCACGCCAGGAGGGCCCGCGACGGCCUCGACAAGCUGGUCGAGUCGGUCUUCAAGUGA